CCCAGCCCUAACACCGCACAGUACAGUAGUAGCUAUACAGAAAGCAAAUUAAUUAAGCAUCCAAAAUGGCUUCCUCCCCAAGCACAGUAUUUCUUGUACUGUCCCUAACCCUAGCCACCGUCUCCGUCGUCGUCGUCUCCGGCGCCGGCGAAGCGCCAAGCCCGGCACCGACGGGGCCCCUCAACCUGACGGAGAUCCUGACGAAGGCCGGGCACUACAACACCUUCGUCCGGCUGCUCAAGGACACGGAGGUGACGUCGCAGGUGAGCAGCCUGCUGAACAACGACCGGAACGGCGACGGGCUGACGGUGCUGGCGCCGACGGACGCCGCGUUCGGGCGGCUCCGGCCGGGGACGCUCAACCAGAUGGACGCGCAGGCGCAGGCGGAGCUGGUGCUGUACCACGUCCUCCCCAGGUACUACGGCUUCGUCACGUUCGAGACCACCACCAACCCGGUGCGCACCCAGGCCUCCGGCCAGCGCGGCGUCUGCACCGUCAACGUCACCACCGCCGGCGAGGACAGGGUGCGCGUCUCGUCCGGGGUGGUGGAGGCCGAGCUCGGGAGGCCGCUCCGCGACGGCCACCCGCUCGCCGUGUACUCGCUCGACGCCGUCCUCCUCCCGCCCGACAUGUUCGGCCCCGGCGCCAAGAAGGACUACGGCGCCGCCGACGCGCCCGCGGCGGCGGGGAAGCACGGGAAGCCGCAGACCGCGUCGUCGUCGUCGGUGGCGGCGGCGCCUGACGAAGCGCCGUCGAAGGAGGUGGACGCCACGGCGACGGCGGCCGCCGGCAGGAUGGCGCCGGCGGGAUGGGCGGCGGCGUUUGCAGGGGUCGUGACCGCGGUGGUCGCCGUGAGCCUGCUCUCGUAUUGAUGAGCAGGCAUGCAUGCGAUGCAGGCGAUGCACAUAUCGUUAAUUUACAUUGGGUUUUUGCUCGAUAUAUGCUACGCACAAGCACGCUCCAUUUCGCUCUGUUAAUAUGUUGUGUACAAACAACAUUGCAUUUUGUUUAUCAGAUGUAUACCUUGUGAAUGCAUGUUUUACAUUCCAAGUUACUGCACCGAUGUAGUUUUAUAAUUUACAUAUACGCUCAACUUUAAUUCGUACA